UGGAUGGAUGGAUGGAUGGAUGGAUGGAUGGAUGGAUGGAUGGAUAGAUAGAUAGAUGUCCCAGAUCAUCAUCUCCACUUUUUCCACAUGCUAAUAUCUAGCAUUUAGCCUACAGAUGAUGAAGAUGAAGAUGAUGAAGAUAACCCUCACUGCUCCAGGGCUGCGCAUCACAGCUGACCCUGUGCUCUGACCCCAAACUUCCCAAUAUGCUGUGAAGAAUUGCUGUGAAUUUUAUUGUGCCGUAAUGUUUAUGAGACAAAUCUGAUGGAGCCUGUGUAGGAUGUUCUGGACAAACAACUGACCCAUGAAGAAUCCACCUCACACCUUACAGGACUGAACGAUCUGCUGCUAAUGUUUUGGUGCCAGAUCCCACAGCAGACCUUCAGAGCUCCUGUAGAGUCCAGACCUCGACAGAUCAGGGCUGUUCUGAUCGCGGAAGAGACCCAAACAAUAUUAGGCAGGUGGUUGAUGCACUGUAGGGCUUCUGUAGUACUCCAGAUCGUCCACUAGAGGGAGUAAAAUACUGUGUUAGUGUGCUGAGCAACUGCUGCAGGAGACUUUCCCCGAACACCUUUAACUUUUUAAGUGUAUUGAGUUUCCAACACUCACUGAAUGGACUCUUUUAUGAUAAUCUCCUUUAUCUUAUAUGUAUAAAAAUAGCUGUUUGUACUGCAUUUGUUGUUCAGCCUUUAAUUUCUAAUUAUGGUUUAUUAAGGUGGAAUUUUAUAGCUGAUUAUUUCACAGCACCUGAGAAGAGUCUGUUACUCUCUCUCUCUCUCUGAGGGAGUGUGUUUAUGGGAAUUUUUGACCAUUCCUCUAGAAGCACAUUUGUGAGGUCAGGCACUGAGGCUGGACGAGAAGGUGGAUGCUCUAAUUCAUCCCAAAGGUGUUCUAUGGGGUUGAGGUCAGGACUCUGUGCAGGCCAGUCAAGUUUCUCCACACCAAACUCACUCAUCCAUGUCUUCAUCUCUCUCUCUCUCUCUCUCUCUCUCUCUCUCUGUGAGUGUUUGUCAUGCAUGCAAUUAUCUGAAAAAGAAAAAAAAAUCAUGCAGAUGAGCCACACAAGGUCGAGUGCUUCAAUUAAGAUUAUCAUCUUAGAAUAUUUUGAUUUUUUUUUAUCAGAAACUACUGAUACAAAUAAACUGAGCCACAUUUCUUUUUUAAAUUUUAAAAAUAAAUUUUAAAUAAAUAUUUUAAAUAAAUAUUUAAUUUAAACAUUUCAUAUUUAUUUCGUUUUUUCAAAAUAAACAUUUGAUUUUGUUUUCUUUAUUCAGCUGUUCUAAACCCCAUACAUUUUGUAGAUGUGAAGGACAUUGCUGUCUUUUAUUUUAAAUAUAUUUUAUAUAACUUUAGUCAUCAGCAACAACAACGAAUAAACACUUUAUAAAAUGUAGAAAGAGUUGUGCAGGAUUCUGAGCGCACAAACUGAGCGUCAGUUAACGUGCACACACACACACACACACACACACACACACACUGGCUAGUCGUUGGAGUGUCAGCAGAGACAGUGAGAUAAAAGUAACCACUGAAAAGCAGAUUAGACUCCGAUCUGUGGAUUUACUCAUCCCUUCUGCGCAUGACGCGGACGCACAAGAUGGAGAGGUUGAGCAGCUCGCUCCUGCAUGAGAAGUCUUUUACUCUGCAUCACUAAAAAACCUUGAUAUUGGUCUAAACAGGCUCUAGUUGUUUCCUCUGCACUUACAAGCCCAGAGUCAUGAUUAUGCUGUACAUGAAAUAACUAUUUAGUCCUUAUAGCAAAAAAGUGAAGCCAGAAUGGAUAACUCAAGUGGACAUGCAGGCAGUGACAACUGUCCUCCUCUAAAUGGAGACACCAGAGCACGUGGCAGGUUCUCCUUCUCCGCCUGGCGAUCCUCAUCUCUGACCUCGGCACACGGAGCCGGACCUGGAGGUGGAGGGGAUCUGAGCCGGAGGCUGCUGAGUCUGGUUCGUAAUUACCACGAGAGAGCUGCUUCUACAGCCGACAUUAACUCCAAACCCACUGAGGUGACCAUCGGGGGUGACGAGCUGACCACGACCGUCCUGACUGCAGGGAACUCAUUAACUCCUAACAUGGAGGAGUGUGAGUCCGGUGACCAGUCCACUUACCUCCAGAAGCAGCUGAGCUCCAUGUUACAACCCGGAGUCAACAAGCAUUCCCUGCGCAUGUUCGGCAGCACCCAGGGAGUCGCAGCCGAGCAGCAGAGGGUCCGUUCUUUCGGGGUCUGGAUUAUACAUCCAUACAGUGACUUUAGGUUCUAUUGGGACUUGGUGAUGCUCUUUCUGAUGAUGAGCAAUCUGGUCAUUCUGCCAUGGUGCAUCACUUUCUUUGAGGAUCAAAACACAUUGCCAUGGAUCAUGUUCAACAUGGCCUCAGAUACACUGUUCCUGACUGACCUAAUACUCAACUUCCGCACAGGAAUCCCAGAGGAUGAUAACUCCCAUAUCAUCCUAGACCCAAAGGUGAUUCGUCGCAGAUACCUGCAGGGUUGGUUCCUUGUGGAUUUCAUCUCUUCCAUCCCAGUGGAUUAUAUUUUCCUUGCUGUGGACCUUGAGGCUCGGCUUGAGUCGGCGGAAGUGUAUCGCACUGCAAGAGCGCUAAGAAUUGUCCGUUUCACCAAAAUCCUCAGUCUGCUUAGGCUACUCCGUCUGUCCAGACUUAUCCGCUACAUUCACCAGUGGGAAGAGAUCUUUCACAUGACAUAUGACCUGGCAAGUGCUGUGGUUCGAAUAGUCAACUUGAUUGGGAUGAUGCUUCUACUGUGUCACUGGAAUGGCUGUCUUCAGUUCAUGGUGCCCAUGCUUCAGGAUUUCCCACAGGACUGCUGGGUUUCCAAAAACAACAUGGUGAAUGCCACUUGGGAGGAACAGUACUCAUAUGCUCUCUUCAUGGCCAUGAGCCAUAUGCUGUGUAUUGGAUACGGUGCUCAAGCUCCUGAGAGAAUGACUGAUGUCUGGCUCACCAUGCUGAGCAUGAUUGUAGGUGCUACAUGUUAUGCCAUGUUCCUGGGCCAUGCGACCAACCUGGUGCAGUCACUGGAUGCUUCCCAUCGCCAGUACCAGGAAAAGUAUAAGCAAGUGGAGCAAUACAUGUCCUUCCAUAAGUUGCCUGCUGAAUUACGACAAAGAAUUCAUGACUAUUAUGAACACCGGUUCCAGGGGAAGAUGUUUGAUGAGGACAGCAUUCUGGGAGAACUCAGUGACCCGCUUAAAGAGGAUAUAGUGAGCCACAAUUGCCGUGAACUGGUAGCCAACAUGCCACUGUUUGGUAACGGUGAUCCACACUUUGUCACUGUGCUCCUGACUAAGCUACGGUUCGAGGUCUUCUUGCCAGGUGAUAUCAUUAUUCGUGAGGGUACACUGGGCCGCAAAAUGUACUUCAUCCAGCAUGGCUGUGUCACCGUCCUGACCCGUAACAAGAAAGAAAAGAAGCUCAGUGAUGGUUCCUACUUCGGAGAGAUUUGUUUGCUGACCAGCGGGCGUCGUACCGCCACAGUGCAAGCCGACACUUACUGCAGACUCUAUUCUCUCAGAGUGGACAGCUUUAAUGAGGUGUUGGAAGAGCACCCCAUCAUGAGGAGGGCGUUUGAGAGGGCCGCCAUAGAGCACCUUGAACAAGUGGAUAACAACACUGCAUAUAACGACACGCCUUCAGGAGCACACACAAAGAAACAAACCACAGAGAAAAAAGACAGUAACAUCUUAUAGCAUCUUCGUUUUGUCAUCCACCAUUUUGAGCGUCAUCGCCAUCACCGGACACCAGGAGCCGAACAGGAUUUGCUCCAGGGAUCAGCUGCUUGAAGGACUUUUCUGGCCUCAGCAGUUUAGUGGUUUAGAUAGCAAGUGCGUUUAUUGCUGCUAUUUAAACUCAUGCACAUGUGCUGUAUAUUUGGAUGCAAUGAGUAACUAAAUGACACAUUAGCAUUUCAUUAAGCAAACAAACCGAACCCAUAACCUUGUGAAGAAGCAGGUGGAUGGAACUCUCCCAGUUGAUCACUCACACAUUUUGAAGAUCAUUAUCCAGAUUAAAUCACAUUCUAAACUUAUCUGUUUGCACUGAAACUGGCACAAGAGUGCACCUAAUGCUGCCUUCAUGUGUUAUCUGAAUAAUCGUAUUUCCCGUUUCUGAAGUGGUAAUUACGAGUAUGACAUGUUUGCUUUGCUGUUGAAAAGAACAUGAAACAUGGACGACUCCAAGUCCAUUCAUACAUACUUAUUUUUCUUUACUUUUAUAUCGACACUAUAACACAUAUUCAUUUCGCUAGCUUGCUGUCUAUGAAAUUUCGGACAAAUAAAAGAUAUUCUCACAGUGUAAAAAUGUUCAACACUGAUGAAUGGAAAUGACCAAAACGACAAGUGCUCUCCUCCACCAUGCAGAACUCCUAUCAUCUCGUAAACCCAGGUGUUCUCCCAAAAUGAUCUCUGACUUGAAUAUAUUGACUCGUAAUGACCACUUAUUCAUUUGCAAGUUCCUAUAAUCGGCACGUGAAGGCAGCAUAACACACUCUAGGAAUACUAGAGGAACAAACAUAAUAAUUCCUGCUUUAAAAAGGUUCGGACUGUCCUGGAGAGAUUAUUGGCAAGGUGAUUCAUCUGCUUAGAGUGAUUAAACCUGUCUUACCUCACACUUGGACACAGGGACUUGUCAGGGUCAGGGAUAUCUGAAUGGACUCGAAGACGGGAUUUAAAAUAUGGCGGAUUAAAAAAAAAGUGCUUUGAAUGGGGAAAAAUAACUGGAAUUUUGUUUACAUGUUUGCUAAUGAUCUACUUUGGGUUGAUGGCCAAUGGUAUGGAACUUUGUUAGACUUUUAUUAAUCUAUUACAUUUUAUUGCUGUGUAAAAAAACGCUUUUCAGUGCCAAAAGGCUUGCUAGCUUGCCUGGUUUACUUUAUUGUAAAUUCUUUAUUGUGAAAUCCCUUGUGAAGCACUACAAUCAUACACGUUCUGGAAAAUCUGAUAUCCGUUGUAGCAUUUGCAUCAUCUAUUAAAAAACCAAGGGCAAUUUCAGGUCAAUGCCAACGUUACCAUGGAGAAAUAAAGCUCAGGAUCACAGGAACAAAAAUGUUCACUCAUGUCUCUCAAUCUGAUUUCACUGGA